GGGAUUUUCUGUUUUUGUUUUUAGUUUUCAAUUAUGAUGAUAAUAAAUGUUUUUGAGGGUUUAAGUAUUGUUUCUCAGCUUGUUAGUUUUCAAUUUUCAGUUAAUUAUUGUUUAUAUUAUACAUUCCUAGCUAUAAAGAUUGAAACUUUACAUUUUUUUUUCUUUGUAUAUGUAAUCAAAACAGUCAAGAGUUUGCCCUAAACCAAUUUGAUUUCUGUAUAGUAAAGUUUUGAACUUUACAAGGAGAGAUUUAGACUCAUUUUUUGUUUGGUUCAAUUUCAUUGUUUUAAUUAACAUUAUUAUUGUUAAAAUCUCAGGUUUCAUGCCAGAAAAGCUACAUCAGCCAUAGAGAUUCCAUCUGGGUUUGGAUUGUUACAGGUUUUUGAUUACCAUUAAUGAAAGUUAGUUAGAUUGAUUUUUGAGACUGAGAAUAUUGUGAUUGUGGAAAGUUAAAUUGUUUUUUGAUUAGAAGAUGAAUGUUGAAAGUACACUAAGAUUAGGCUUAAUCAUAUAGAGCUUCAUGGUGUUUAAUUUACUUUUCAAAUCCCAUGGAUUUAUUAGGCUUAAUCAGAAAUUAUCAUCUACUUCAGUUCUUCAUUCCCUUUUCCAUUUCUCCAAAAUGUUGUGUUCUUGUGCUCAUAAUGAUUCAAUGCUCUCUAACCCAUCUCCACAGUCUCUUGUGAGAACAGUUUGUUCAUUGGUUUUUGAAUCUUUUUAUGAACAUGGUCAAAGAAUGCAACUUCCUCCUAGGCUUAAUCUUAGUAUAGAUAGUGAUUCUUUGAGCCAUGAACAUGUUACAACUAUUGUUGCUUCACUAGCCGAUGAGGGCGGUUCUAUGGUUGCGUUGAGUUUCUUUUAUUGGGCAAUCGGUUUAUCUAAGUUUCGCCAUUUCAUGAGGCUUUACAUAGUUUGUGCUAUGUCAUUGAUUAGUAAUGGGAAUUUUGAGAGAGCCCAUGAAGUAAUGCAGUGUAUGUUAGUGAGUUUUUCUGAAAUCGGGAGGUUGAAGGAGGCCGGUGAUAUGAUUCUCGAUAUGCAAAACCAGGGUCUUAUGUUGACAACACAUAUUUUGAACUCUGUUCUUGUAAUUGCUUGUGAAAUAAACUCAGUUGAGUAUGCAGAGGAGAUUUUUGAGGAAAUGUCUCAUAGAGGAGUUUCUCCCGAUUCGGUUAGUUAUAGAUCUAUGGUUGUUGGUUAUUGCAGAAAUGGUGGGAUUUCUGAUGCAGAGAGAUGGUUAGGUGAAAUGCUUGACAAGGGUUUUGUUGUAGAUAAUGCUACUUUGACUCUAAUCAUUAGUACAUUUAGCGAAAAGGGUUUGACAAACCGAGCGUUUUGGUUCUUCAAUAAGAUGAUCGAGAUGGGUUUGAGUCCCAAUUUAGUAAACUAUACUUCGAUGAUUCAUGGUUUGUGUAAAAGGGGAAGUGUAAAGAAAGCAUUUGAAAUGUUAGAGGAAAUGGUUAGUAAAGGUUGGAAACCUAAUGUUUACACUCAUACAGCAUUGAUCGACGGUCUUUGCAAGAAGGGAUGGACCGAAAAGGCUUUUAGAUUGUUUCUUAAGCUCGUUCGAAGCGACAACUACAAGCCUAAUGUACAUACUUACACAACCAUGAUCAGUGGAUAUUGCAGAGAACAGAAGAUGAAUCGAGCUGAGAUGUUAUUAAACAAAAUGAUAGAACAAGGUCUCGUUCCCAACACGAAUACCUACACAACUCUCGUCGAUGGCCAUUGUAAAGAUGGAAAUUUCGAUAGAGCAUAUCAGUUAAUGGAUUCCAUGAGAAUUGAGGGGUUUUCUCCUAAUAUUUGUACUUACAACGCAGUUAUCGAUAGCCUCUUGAAAAAGGGUAGGAUCCCGGAAGCUUAUAGAUUGAUAAAGGAAGCUUCUUUUGAAGGAAUUCGUUCUGAUCGAGUUACUUACACAAUUCUAAUCUCUGAGCAUUGUAAGAAAGGUGAGACUAAAGGAGCCUUAAUGCUGUUUAAUAAGAUGGUUAAAACAGGACUCAACCCUGAUAUGUAUCUGUAUACAACUUUGAUAGCUUUCUUUUGCAGAGAGAAAAGAAUGAAAGAAAGCGAAAUGCUUUUUCGGGAUGCUAUUAGGGUUGGUUUGAUACCGAGUAAGGAGACUUACACUUCAAUGAUCUGCGGUUACUGUCGAAUUGGUAACAUCACUUUAGCAACACAUUAUUUCCAGCGAAUGACCGAUCAUAAUUGUGCACCGGAUAGUUUUACUUUCGGUGCACUAAUUAGCGGGCUUUGCAAGGAGGAAAAGUUAGACGAAGCUCGUAAACUAUACGAUGCUGCAACAAUCGAGAAAGGGUUAUCGCCUUGCGAAGUUACAAGGGUAACAUUAGCUUACGAGUAUUGUAAGCGAGAGAAGUUCUCGUCGGCUAUGGCUAUCUUGGAGAGGCUUGAGAAAAGGCUAUGGAUUCGGACUGUUAAUACUUUGGUGAGGAAACUUUGUAGUGACAAGAAAGUAGGGAUGGCAGCAUUGUUCUUCCACAAAUUGGUGGAUAAAGACCGAAAUGUGGAUCGAGUAACGAUGGCGGCGUUUAUGGCGGCUUGUUAUGAGAGCAACAAGUAUGCUCUUGUUUCUGAAUUGUCUGAAAGAAUUGGCAAAACUGGUUUGGCUAUACAAAACUCAUGAAAGUUAGUUCAUUGUAGAUGUAACUUGUUGUGCAAGUAAUGAAUUGUGAUACACAAUUUUGAUUCAAUGGUGUUUAAAUUUAUUCUUCAAUAAACAUAUUUAU